ACAGGUCAAAGUUUGGAGCUCAACAGCCUCUCUUCUCCAUUAGAGAAGAAAAGAACUCUCUCUCUCUCUCUCUCUGUGGAUAAACAAAACACAUGGCGACCAUGGCGGAAGACAACGAUGUAGAUUUUGAGGAAGGGGUGUUAUGGCUACCUGCUCAUGUCCUUGAAGAAGCAUGUGAAUCGAAGGAGCAAGAAAUCUUACAACGAAGACAACAACAGAAGCAGCAACGCUUCAAGCCUCUCCACACUUCCCCAGGCCCAUUUCCUCCGCACUCAUUCUCAAAGUUGAGCCCAAAGUUGCACCAGAGAUCAAGAUAUCCAGCACACAGGACAUCAGGAGGACCAGGGAUGCAAGCCAUCUUUCUAGACUCGUCAGGCCAAAGAUCAUGUGGAACUGGAGUUUUCCUCCCUAGAAUGGGUGGCAUCAACUCCCAACAGAGCAAGAAACCAGCAUUCUCUCCAGUUCUUCUCCCUUCUCGAGUAGUUCAUGCCCUCAACCUCAAUGUACAUGCAUUGGGCUCCCAACCUACACCUCAAAGAGAUCUGAAUAGCUAUAUAAAUGAAGAAACAAAUAAAGGAAGGGUUCAAGAUUCAGUAUUUGGCAAUAAAAAUGUUAGCAAUCACAAUGAUGUCAUUCAUGGUUGUGUCUAUUCACAGGCUUGUAGCUCUUCACCUGAGAUAUUUCUUCCAAAAGAGUGGAGUUACUAGCUCAAAGGGGGAAUGGCUCUAGUUGAACACCUGAACCCUAGUGAAUUACUUCAGAGAAAAGGCUAUUAAUUCAUCUCAGAUAUUUCAUUUCAGAUGUUAUGAUCAUGUAAUAAAAUGAAUAAUAUAGAGUAGCCAUAGAUUAAUCCCUUGUAAAUAAUGGAUUAUACAUGAUAAAUAUCAAAUAAAAAACAGAAGUAGGUUAUGAAUCCCA